GAGGACGUGCGUCCGCGCGGCUCGGCAGCGUCAUCUUGUCAGGUGGCUGCGGAUAAGAUAAAGGGGCCGCGCGCGGGAGAGGUGUGCGGUCGAGCGGCAGUAGCGCGAAUCAAGCAUGGCUCCGGCAGCCCUGGCUGCUCUGGUCGCUUCCAUCUCCCCCCACUCGGCCAGGAGGGCCACCACGGCAGCUGCGUUCGCCCCCGGCGGCGGCGUCCGCUCUGGCACGAGAACCUGCCUGGCUCCUUGCCACUCUGCAAAAAAUUUGUUGCCGCCGAACGAGCUGCGCGGAUCGGGGAGGCAGAGGCGGCGUUUCGGGCUAAGAAGCAGUACCUCGUCGCCAUCAGAGAGCAGCCCGAAUGAUCCGCAGCCCACGGAACAAGAGAAGGCGCCGUUCGGGUACACGAGGAAAGACGUGCUGCUGAUCGGCGUCGGCGUCACCGCCUUCGGCGUCGGCCUCAAAUACGGGCUCGAGCUCCUCGGAGUCGACCCCUUGCAGGCCGGCAACGUCGUGCAGCUGCUGGUGGUGCUGGGGAUGACGGUGGGGUGGAUCUCCACCUACAUGUUCCGGGUGGCCAACAAGGACAUGACCUACGCGCAUCAGCUCAGGGACUACGAGAAGCAAGUCAUGGAGAAACGACUGGAGAGCUUGUCAGAGGCUGAACUGCAAGCUUUGCUCGAGCAAGUGGAAGAAGAGAAGCAGCGCCUGCCGCCGAUCCCGGAUGAGCCUAAUGCUAUUACCUUCAACAAGAAAUGAGGAAUAGGCAACUGAUCAUAAAGCUGGACACCGUUCUUCUACCUGUUUAUAGGAUAGCUCCAGACCUCCAGUGCUAGCUGUCUUUCAUAUAGUUAUGUACAAGUAAAUUAAACCAACUAUUGCUGACAGAUUUGAAAUCAUCCAUCAUUGUCAUCAUGGGGGAUGUGGAGAACAGGAAUGAUCGAGUAUAUACAGAACGUUGUUGUUACCGUCGC